AUAAAAAUGCUAUACAUAGGUAGGUAUAUUAUUCACUAUCAAAUAGUUUGAUGGAAAACAACCAAACACGUGUAGCUCACUAAUGUAGCUCACACGCCCCGUGUCUGCGUCAGCAAAAACAAGUCUAUACUUGUCUAUACUGCCGGCACUCUUUGUAAUAAAAUCGAAGGUAUUCUACUGGAAAACUGCAACGCAAACAUUUUUGUAAGUGUGAAAAAGAUAGUAUGUUAUAAAACAUGGUGUUUUCAAAUUGUCGAUGUUGCAUAUUCAUUAUGUUUUCACAACACGUGGCUACUGCGUAAAGUGCAACGCAAACGUUUGUGUAAGUGUGAAAAAGAUAGCAUGUUAUAAAACAUGAUGUUUUCAAAUUAUCGAUGUUGCAUAUUGAUUAUGUUUCUUUCAUUCUACCACCAGCGUGCGCACGAGCACCUCACUGUUAAGACUCGGACCAUUCUCAAACAAAACUCUACAAAAUGUCACAAUCGAUCCUGAAUGAAUCUAGUCCAUACGGGUUAGGUACGCCGCAUUCAUUCGACCAGCUGCAGUGCGGACAAGUCUGGUUCGACAGCGAUGUUGAAGAGGUGCGGCCACCAAGCCCAGAGAGAACCAUCACUAAAAAGAAAAGUGUUGCGACCAGACAGUCCAGAAAACGGCGGGCGGAGGAUGACUCCACAACCUCUUACGUGAUGAGCAAAUCACCGCGACCAGGACAUCGGCUCGUGAGAAUUGAGGUUGUGGAUCUGAACAGCAGCACUAGUGACAGUGAGUGUGUGGUGCUAAAAGCACAGUACGUUGUGACGCAUCCGGUAGAUGAAAUAAUAGACAUGACGGAAAACCUCGUGAAAAAAAUAACAAAGACUAUGUGUAGCUCUUAAGUAAUUUUAGGUUUAGUUUAGUAUGUAAACUAUAUUUUUGUAUAGAUGUAGGUAUAUUAAAAUGAAUA